UGGUGCCGGUGUCAGAAUUACUGACAAUAUUUCGACUUUUGCGCAACUUUCUUUUAAGCAAGGUACCAAUACUGAUAGUUCUACAUCACCUACUUCACAAAAAAACCUCGAAAUUGAGCUGCAAAGGAAGCAACCAACUGUCGGCGCCUCGUCCUUUACGCAUUACGAAGGCCUACAUAAAUCGAGUUCCACCCCGUCGCGAACUCCAAACUUAAGUAACGCUUGGGAGUUUGCAGGGUGGGGUUCAACAUCUUAUUUUGAUCUUCCCGAAGAUGAAACAGCUGAAGAGGGAACUUUACACGACCAUUUACUUGGUCAAUGGCGAGCUGUCAGUAUAUCAGGGAAUGAUCUUUUGGCGUCUGUCUUGUAUACCGUUGGAAUUACAACUGUAGUCUCGGGCAAAUAUGCUCCUUUAUGUUUCUUAAUUACUGCUAUCACUCUUUAUCCAUUCAAACAAAUUUUAAGUGAAGUUGGUACUGCGUUACCACUUAAUGGUGGCGUGUACAAUUGUCUACUUAACACAUCGGCAAAGUGGUUUGCGUCCAUUGCUGCUGCACUUUCAUUGUUAGAUUAUAUAGCCACUGCAGUUGUCAGUGGAGCAUCCGCAACCGCAUAUCUAUCCAGUCAAAUCGAAUUAUCGAAUAUGGUAGUUUUCUGGAUGACAAUAGGAGUAUUUCUUGUAUUCGCCGGGAUUGUCUUGAUGGGACUCAAAGAAUCUUCUACAAUAGCUUUUGCUAUAUUCAGUAUACAUUGUUUCACGUUGACAUUGCUCAUGAUAGUUAGUGUUAUUCGGUGGUGCAUUCAAGGAAAUGGUACCUUAAUCGAAAAUUGGAAAGAUCCUGGCUCGGGAAAUGCCAUGUUCGAUAUAUUUAAAGGUGUCUGUGUAGGAUUAUUAGGUACCACAGGAUUCGAAACCUCAAGUAAUUAUAUUGAAGAUCUAAAACCCGGCGUGUUUCCAAAGACAAUGCGCAAUAUGUGGGUGAUGGUGUUAUUUUUUAAUGCACCUAUCUCGUUACUUUCUAUCGCUAUUCUACCACUAUCGACCUUUUACAAUUAUCCAAAUAGCGUAAUAUCAAUCAUGGGAGACCACGCUGGUGGUAAAUGGCUACGUAUAAUAAUAACUGUCGAUGCAGUGAUUGUAUUGUGCGCGGGAGUAUUAACAGGAUUCGUUGGGGUAACCGGACUGAUUGUGCGAAUGGCAUCUGAUCAGAUUCUACCUCGAUUUCUAUUAAAGAGAAAUCACUUUACUGGCACUAAUCAUUGGAUAAUCAUAUGUUUUCUCAUUCUGUGUAUUACUUUGUACUCAGUAGAAGGUGGCAAUGUCACGUCAUUAGCCGGCGUAUUUUCCGUGUCCUUCCUAAGUGUACUAUGUAUGUUUGCAAUAGGAUGUAUUCUAUUAAAGUAUAAACGUGGGCGUUUAUAUCGACCUGUACGCACUUCUACUGGCACUGUGAUUUUCGGAUUAGUAUGCGUGACUAUUGGGUUAAUAGGGAACAUUAUUCUUACACCAUCGAUCGCACGGUACUUUACUAUUUAUUUUUGUAUGAUGUUUGCCGUUAUGGUGUUUCAGUUAAGUCGGGUGUGGGUAUUAAAGACAAUAUUCUUUUACCUAGACAAAAUUCUAAUACUCCAUAAAUACGGAGACAUCAUAAUAAAAAUGAUAAAAAACCUAAAGGAACAACCAGUCAUAUUCUUUACAAAAACGGAUGAAUUACAUAUUCUAAAUAAAGCGAUACUCUAUGUUGAUAGGUCAGAACAUACCGGAUAUUUAAAGUUAAUUCAUCUGUAUGAGAAUAUUGAAGAUAUACCUACACAACUCGAAGUGAAUCAUCGUGUCCUUGAUGAGCUUUACCCAAAAAUUCAAAUAGACUUGAUAUUCAUCCAAGGCACGUUCAAUCCAAAAACUGUAGACAGCAUAUCGCGGCACCUACGCGUUCCCAAAUCGUUAAUGUUUAUUUCAUGUCCGGGAAAACAUUUCUCGCAUUCCAUUGGCGAGUACGGAGGGAUUAGGACGAUAAUGUUGUGA